CUGAGAAUUCCAAUCCGUCGAGGAAACGUAGCGUUGCGGCCAAUUGACGUGGCGUUACUAGGCGUGUCGCAUCACUGAGGCGGGAGCCAGGCCGCAAGCGAAUUUCCUGAUUGGCUCUGGUCUGCGGGUUGCUGGGGAGAGGCGCGGAGAGGCGGGCGAGAGUCCGCAGGGCAGGCGCUGAUUGGCUGAGGUGGGAGCAGCUUCCCUUCCGAUGAUUCGGCUCUUCUCGGCUCAGUCUCAGCGAAGCGUCUGCGACCGUCGUUUGAGUCGUCGCUGCCGCUGCCGCUGCCGCAGCCGCUGCCGCUGCCACUGCCACCUCGCGGAUCAGGAGCCAGCGUUGUUCGCCCGACGCCUCGCUGUCGGUGGGAGGAAGCGAGAGGGAAGCCGCUUGCGGGUUUGUCGCCGCUGCUCGCCCACCGCCUGGGAGAGCCGAGCCCCGGCCCAGUCGGUCGCUUGCCACCGCUCGUAGCCGUUACCCGCGGGCCGCCACAGCCGCCGGCCGGAAGAGGCGCGCGCCAUGGCUUCUGGAGCCGAUUCAAAAGGUGAUGACCUAUCAACAGCCAUUCUCAAACAGAAGAACCGUCCCAAUCGGUUAAUUGUUGAUGAAGCCAUCAAUGAGGACAACAGUGUGGUGUCCUUGUCGCAGCCCAAGAUGGAUGAAUUGCAGUUGUUCCGAGGUGACACAGUGUUGCUGAAAGGAAAGAAGAGACGAGAAGCUGUUUGCAUCGUCCUUUCUGAUGAUACUUGUUCUGAUGAGAAGAUUCGGAUGAAUAGAGUUGUUCGGAAUAACCUUCGUGUACGGCUAGGGGAUGUCAUCAGCAUCCAGCCAUGCCCUGAUGUGAAGUACGGCAAACGUAUCCACGUGCUGCCCAUUGAUGACACGGUGGAAGGCAUUACUGGUAAUCUCUUUGAGGUAUACCUUAAGCCGUACUUCCUGGAAGCUUAUCGACCCAUCCGGAAAGGAGACAUUUUUCUUGUCCGUGGUGGGAUGCGUGCUGUGGAGUUCAAAGUGGUGGAAACAGAUCCUAGCCCUUAUUGCAUUGUUGCUCCAGACACAGUAAUCCACUGCGAAGGGGAGCCUAUCAAACGAGAGGAUGAGGAAGAGUCCUUGAAUGAAGUAGGGUAUGAUGACAUUGGUGGCUGCAGGAAGCAGCUAGCUCAGAUAAAGGAGAUGGUGGAACUGCCCCUGAGACAUCCUGCCCUCUUUAAGGCAAUUGGUGUGAAGCCUCCUAGAGGAAUCCUGCUUUAUGGACCUCCUGGAACAGGAAAGACCCUGAUUGCUCGAGCUGUAGCAAAUGAGACUGGAGCCUUCUUCUUCUUGAUCAAUGGUCCUGAGAUCAUGAGCAAAUUGGCUGGUGAGUCUGAGAGCAACCUUCGUAAAGCCUUUGAGGAGGCUGAGAAGAAUGCUCCUGCUAUCAUCUUCAUUGAUGAGCUGGAUGCCAUCGCUCCCAAAAGAGAGAAAACUCAUGGCGAGGUGGAGCGGCGCAUUGUAUCACAGUUGUUGACCCUCAUGGAUGGCCUAAAGCAGAGAGCACAUGUGAUUGUCAUGGCAGCAACCAACAGACCCAAUAGUAUUGACCCAGCUCUACGGCGAUUUGGUCGCUUUGACAGGGAGGUAGAUAUUGGAAUUCCUGAUGCUACAGGACGCUUAGAGAUUCUUCAGAUCCAUACCAAGAACAUGAAGCUGGCAGAUGAUGUGGACCUGGAACAGGUAGCCAAUGAGACUCACGGGCAUGUGGGUGCUGACUUAGCAGCCCUGUGCUCAGAGGCUGCUCUGCAAGCCAUCCGCAAGAAGAUGGAUCUCAUUGACCUAGAGGAUGAGACCAUAGAUGCCGAGGUCAUGAACUCUCUAGCAGUUACUAUGGAUGACUUCCGGUGGGCCUUGAGCCAGAGUAACCCAUCAGCACUGCGGGAAACCGUGGUAGAGGUGCCACAGGUAACCUGGGAAGACAUCGGGGGCCUAGAGGAUGUCAAACGUGAGCUUCAGGAGCUGGUCCAGUAUCCUGUGGAGCACCCAGACAAAUUCCUGAAGUUUGGCAUGACACCCUCCAAGGGAGUUCUGUUCUAUGGACCUCCUGGCUGUGGGAAAACUUUGUUGGCCAAAGCCAUUGCUAAUGAAUGCCAGGCCAACUUCAUCUCCAUCAAGGGUCCUGAGCUUCUCACCAUGUGGUUUGGGGAGUCUGAGGCCAAUGUCAGAGAAAUCUUUGACAAGGCCCGCCAAGCUGCCCCCUGUGUGCUAUUCUUUGAUGAGCUGGAUUCGAUUGCCAAGGCUCGUGGAGGUAACAUUGGAGAUGGUGGUGGGGCUGCUGACCGAGUCAUCAACCAGAUCCUGACAGAAAUGGAUGGCAUGUCCACAAAAAAAAAUGUGUUUAUCAUUGGCGCUACCAACCGGCCUGACAUCAUUGAUCCUGCCAUCCUCAGACCUGGCCGUCUUGAUCAGCUCAUCUACAUCCCACUUCCUGAUGAGAAGUCCCGUGUUGCCAUCCUCAAGGCUAACCUGCGCAAGUCCCCAGUUGCCAAGGAUGUGGACUUGGAGUUCCUGGCUAAAAUGACUAAUGGCUUCUCUGGAGCUGACCUGACAGAGAUUUGCCAGCGUGCUUGCAAGCUGGCCAUCCGUGAAUCCAUCGAGAGUGAGAUUAGGCGAGAACGAGAGAGGCAGACAAACCCAUCAGCCAUGGAGGUAGAAGAGGAUGAUCCAGUGCCUGAGAUCCGUCGAGAUCACUUUGAAGAAGCCAUGCGCUUUGCGCGCCGUUCUGUCAGUGACAAUGACAUUCGGAAGUAUGAGAUGUUCGCCCAGACCCUUCAGCAGAGUCGGGGCUUUGGCAGCUUCAGAUUCCCUUCAGGGAACCAGGGUGGAGCUGGCCCCAGUCAGGGCAGUGGAGGCGGCACAGGUGGCAGUGUAUACACAGAAGACAAUGAUGAUGACCUGUAUGGCUAAGUGGUGGUGGCCAGCGUGCAGUGAGCUGGCCUGCCUGGACCUUGUUCCCUGGGGGUGGGGGCGCUUGCCCAGGAGAGGGACCAGGGGUGCGCCCACAGCCUGCUCCAUUCUUCAGUCUGAACAGUUCAGCUACAGUCUGACUCUGGACAGGGGGUUUCUGUUGCAAAAAUAUAAAACAAAAGCGAUAAAAUAAAAGCGAUUUUCAUUUGGUAGGCGGAGAGUGAAUUACCAACAGGGAAUUGGGCCUUGGGCCUAUGCCAUUUCUGUUGUAGUUUGGGGCAGUGCAGGGGACCUGUGUGGGGUGUGAACCAAGGCACUACUGCCACCCGCCACAGUAAAGCAUCUGCACUUGACUCAAUGCUGCCCGAGCCCUCCCUUCCCCCUAUCCAACCUGGGUAGGUGGGUAGGGGCCACAGUUGCUGGAUGUUUAUAUAGAGAGUAGGUUGAUUUAUUUUACAUGCUUUUGAGUUAAUGUUGGAAAACUAAUCACAAGCAGUUUCUAAACCAAAAAAUGACAUGUUGUAAAAGGACAAUAAACGUUGGGUCAAAAUGGAGCCUGAGUCCUGGGCCCUGUGCCUGCUUCUUUUCCUGGGAAGAGCCUUGGGCUACCCACCACUCCCAAGGCAUUCUUCCAAAUGUGAAAUCCUGGAAGUAAGAUUGCACCUUCUUCCUCUCCUGUUCAACAUCAGUAUGAUGUCUCCUGUUGCCUCACCCUGUGUCUGCAGUAUCACUGGAUAGUACCGGUGGAAGGGGAGCAGCCUGACAGAGCUCCAAAUGUGGAGAAUAUGGCAUCCCUCCACCUAUAUUUGAUGUGGACGGUAAGGCUAGGCCUGCAGGAUCCCUUAUCCUGACCAGAGACUGUUGGGGUGCCAUUUGAAAAUCGCAGGGUUGCAAAAGAAUACAAUCUUACUUGCAGGUGGAUAUUCUCUAUACUUCCUUUUAAUGCAUCUAAAAAUCCCAAACAUCCCCUGGUUGGUGAUCACUUACAGUUGUGUCCACCUUUAUUUUAUGUACUUUGUUU